CAAAGCUUGAUAUAGCGCACGAUCUCUUCCGUCACGGAGUGCAUGUUUGAACGCCUUCACAAGUUGUGGGUACACCAAGACACAUCUGCCGUUAGCGCGUUUCGCCCAAUCUAACCGCUGUCCCUCCUAAUCACCAACAGACAUAAACAACAAGGAAGUUUCAAAAAUCGUGAUACAUGGCGUUAACUUGACUCCUGGAAUAAGAAGAUGAACACUAUAAGUUGACAGCCUCUGGCAAUCUAUUCCGGCACUCCAGGUCAUCCAGCACCGAAGCAUCACAUUCAUUCGUUUCUUUUUAAGCCUUCCCAGCUUAUAUUCAUUCGUUUCUUCACUCGCUACCAAUUCUUCAUACGCAGGAUCGUACAUUUUCCCAUAACUUUCACAAUGAAGUACAUCGCUGCUGCUCUCGCUUUCGCCACCGCAGUUGCCGGUCAUGGCUAUGUCAACAAUGCCACCAUCGGCAGCAAGGCAUACACUUUCUACCAGCCUUACCAGGACCCGUACACGAGCCCCGCUCCCCAGCGUAUCUCUCGCGAGAUUCAGGGCAACGGCCCAGUCCAGGACGUGACCUCUGCCGAUCUCCAGUGCGGUGGCUACACCGAAGGUGGCAUCGUUGGCUCAAAGCCUGCUGCGCUUGAAGCUGAGGUUGCUGCUGGCUCUGAAGUCGACCUCUACUGGACCCUCUGGCCUGACUCCCACGUCGGCCCUACUGUCACCUACAUGGCCAAGUGCCCUGACACCGGCUGCACCGCCUACAUGCCCAACACCAGCGCCGUGUGGUUCAAGGUCCAGCAAAACGGCCGCGACGGUACCUCCAACACCUGGGGCGCCACACCGCUGAUGAAGGCCGGCGGCGUCGUCACCUACACCAUACCCAAGUGCAUUCCCUCCGGCAGCUACCUCGUGCGCCACGAGAUCAUCGCGCUGCAUGCCGCCUACUCGUACCCCGGCGCCCAGUUCUACCCGGGCUGCCACCAGGUUAAGGUCACCGGUGGCGGUAGCAAGACGCCUACUGGACUUGUUGCCUUCCCCGGUGCGUACAAGGCCACUGAUGCGGGAAUCACGUAUGAUGCGUACAAGGCGCAGGCUUACACUGUUCCGGGACCGGCGCUGUUCACUUGCUAAAUGUAGUAUGACUAGAACGGCAGGUGGUGGAGGAGUGGAGAGGAGAAUGAACUUCGCUGUAGAUAUAAGCUUCGUAUAUACUUCUUGACCUGAAUGCGAUGUACGCAGCCUGCAUCCGCAACGCCAGUCUUCAC